AUGAUCGAUAUAUUUCUAUUAAAAGCAAAACGUCGAAGCCGUUCAGAAUUUAUUAACAAGACUCGUUUAGCACUUUCGGUAAUGGACAAAGUACGCUUCUUCUUCUUUUCACAUGACGGGGCGCUAACCUCGGUAAUCUGUUACCGGAGAUUCAAUCGAAUCUUAACCUCAAAAUACGAAUUUUCAACGAUGACGCACGCUUUUCCGUUCUACGCGAUCCCCGCGGUCCUUUUUCUGAUCCUGCUGCGAAAAUACCGCGAAAGUAAGUGGGGCAGAUGCACCAACCGCGUAAAACUCGACGGGAAGGUGGCCCUCGUAACCGGUGCCAAUUCGGGUAUCGGAUUCGAGGUCGCCAAGGAGUUGGCGAGACGCGACGCGCAGGUUAUUCUGGCGUGCAGGACGUUGGAUAACGCGCGACGCGCGUCCGAUAAAAUUAAAAGGCAGUUAGAUAACGCGCCAGGUUUGAUUCCCAUGGCCGUGAACCUGUCGUCGUUGAAAUCGGUCAAGGAUUUCGCGGCGGAAGUGAAACGGGACUUCUCCAAGCUGGAUUUGCUCGUCAACAACGCGGGAGUCGCCUACCCGAAAGGUCACAAGCUCGAGACCUCUGACGGGUUCGAGGUACACUUUGGCGUGAACCACUUGGGUCACUUCUUCCUCACCAACCUCUUAGAACCUCUACUAGCAAACGCCAAAGGUCGGGUGGUGGUCGUGGCCUCAUCGCUACACGAAAAGGGCAGGCUGAAUUUGCACGAUCUCAAUGGCUCGGAAGCACCGCCUAAGGAAAACCUGUACGCAAACUCCAAGCUUGCGAACGUCUACUUCGCUCAAGAGCUAGCUAGGCGGACCAAAGAAAAAGGCGUCAAAGUUUACGCGGUUUGUCCCGGUUGGGUAUACAGCGCCCUCUUCAGGCACUUCCGGUGGUACUUUUACGUCAUGGUCGCGCCCGUCGCCUUCUUUUUCAUGCGCAACUGCAAGCAGGGCUCCGAAACGGUCGUGUAUUGCGCGACCGAGCCCAAAUUGGAUGCGGAGACCGGCUUAUUGUACAGAGACUGCGCGCAUUACAACAGCAAAACCAUUUUUUACGACAAGGUCGCCAAAGAACUGUGGCAGAGGUCGCAGGAUAUGAUCGACGGCGUCAUGUCGGACAAUAACCACGUGCAAUAAUAAAAGGUGUAGGUUACGCUUUCUGGCAAUGACAGGCGGUGACGUAUUUAAUUUUAAUUCCUAACCGAAAUUGUUUUUUUAAAUUUUAAAAACGUUUUAAAUUCAAAGCAUUCAAUACAUUCAGUAACAAUUUAAUGUUUUUAAGGAUAAAUUGAAAUCUAAAUUACACAGGAUUUAGAUUUUGUACUUUUUCUAAGGAAAACACUAUAGAGUUGGCAACACACCCCUCGUUUCUCAAUUUCUUUCAGCAAAAGAACAGCCUACACGUAGGAAAAAAAAGGAAACUGUGAAAAAAUGCCAAAAAUAAAAAAAAAUUCGGUGAAACCCUUUUUUUUCUAUUUUUAUCAAAGAGGAGUAAAAAGUAGCAUCCAGCAGCAGUAAUAGCAGUUUUCAGUGGAUUUGUACUGAGUAAUAGCAAAGAACUUUAAAUGAAAUCAGGAAAAUACAUAUCUACAGUCCCACGUAAGAAUCUUUAGUUCGAUUUUCUUUUUUUUUUGUUGGAUAGGUCCCUGAAAAGUGCACUAAAAUCUUGAUUUGCCAAUUGUUUCAACUUAAAGUCAUGGCCAACUGAGACCAUUUAACUGUUAGGAAGAACCCAACUAUAUAAAUUUCAAUACAGUUUGUUUGAAAUAUCUUUUGUACCCGCUUAAGGUUGUACAUCGUUGUAAAAUCUUUGAUACACGUGUUAUUUACAAGGUUUGUAAUAUUUACUUAUUUAAAACAUUAAAAACUUUCAAUUUUAGGUAGUCCUGAAUAUAUCAUGUUCAAUUUGAAAAAAUCGCUAAAAGUACUUCUCGAUUUUCCGCGUCAAAAAACUGUGUCAUUUACCCAUGACUUAGUCGGUGCUAUAUGAAAAACCCCUUUCAUUUCUCUUUAAUAAGAUCUAUUCAGCAAAAAAGAAUUAUCAAAAUUGAGUUAUAAACAUUCUACAGGAGUGAUGCUUAAGUGAACUCAGUGGAAAUUAGUAUAAUUAGGUUUUAUGUUAGUCUUGAAUAAGAAUUCGUUGACCCUUUAUUCUUAAAGAAAACCCUAUCCACCCUUCUCAAAAAUUGGUCGCAGUUGGCCAUGACUUUAGGUCGAUUUUUCAGAGAUCUAUCCAACAAAAAAAAAUUAUCAUUAAUAACGCAGAGAAAACGAAUACCAGGGCACACUUAAUUUUUUGAUUUCCGAUUGGUGCAAUAUUGUUAACGUCUCGGCUU